CCGUAAAACCAUGGCUGCUAAUAAAGGAAUGGCCAUAGGCAUCGACCUGGGCACCACCUACUCGUGCGUGGGCGUGUUCCAGCACGGCAAGGUGGAGAUCAUCGCCAACGACCAGGGCAACCGCACGACCCCCAGCUACGUGGCCUUCACCGACACUGAGCGGCUCAUCGGCGAUGCGGCCAAGAAUCAGGUGGCCAUGAACCCGCAGAACACCGUGUUCGAUGCCAAACGUCUGAUUGGCAGGAAGUUUAAUGAUCCUGUUGUGCAGUCAGACAUGAAGCUUUGGCCAUUUCAAGUGAUCAACGAAGGGGGCAAGCCCAAGGUGUUGGUGUCCUACAAAGGGGAGAAGAAAGCCUUCUACCCCGAGGAGAUCUCGUCGAUGGUGCUGACCAAGAUGAAGGAGACUGCAGAGGCUUUCCUGGGCCACAAUGUCACCAAUGCGGUCAUCACGGUGCCCGCCUACUUCAACGACUCGCAGCGGCAGGCCACCAAGGACGCGGGCGUGAUCGCGGGUCUGAACGUGCUGCGCAUCAUCAACGAGCCCACGGCCGCUGCCAUUGCCUAUGGCUUGGAUAAAGGAAGCCAUGGAGAACGGCACGUGCUCAUCUUCGACCUGGGGGGCGGCACGUUUGACGUGUCCAUCCUGACGAUCGACGACGGCAUCUUCGAGGUGAAGGCCACGGCGGGCGACACGCACCUGGGCGGGGAGGACUUCGACAACCGGCUGGUGAGCCACUUCGUGGAGGAGUUCAAGAGGAAGCACAAGAAGGACAUCAGCCAGAACAAGCGCGCCGUGCGGCGGCUGCGCACGGCCUGCGAGCGCGCCAAGAGGACCCUGUCGUCCAGCACGCAGGCCAACCUGGAGAUCGACUCGCUGUUCGAGGGCAUCGACUUCUACACGUCCAUCACCAGAGCACGGUUUGAGGAGUUAUGUGCAGAUCUCUUUAGAGGCACGCUGGAGCCCGUGGAGAAGUCUCUUCGGGACGCCAAGAUGGACAAAGCUAAAAUCCAUGACAUUGUUCUCGUGGGCGGCUCGACGCGCAUCCCCAAAGUGCAGAAGCUGCUUCAAGACUACUUUAAUGGGCGGGAUCUCAACAAAAGUAUCAAUCCCGACGAGGCGGUGGCCUACGGAGCUGCAGUCCAGGCAGCUAUUUUAAUGGGGGACAAAUCUGAAAAAGUACAAGACCUGCUGCUGCUGGACGUGGCGCCGCUGUCGCUGGGCCUGGAGACGGCGGGCGGCGUGAUGACGGCGCUCAUCAAGCGCAACUCCACCAUCCCCACCAAGCAGACGCAGACCUUCACCACCUACUCGGACAACCAGCCCGGGGUGCUGAUCCAGGUGUACGAGGGCGAGAGGGCCAUGACGCGCGACAACAACCUGCUGGGCCGCUUCGACCUGACUGGAAUACCUCCUGCACCCCGGGGCGUGCCGCAGAUCGAGGUGACCUUCGACAUCGACGCCAAUGGCAUUCUCAAUGUCACCGCCAUGGACAAGAGCACGGGCAAGGCCAACAAGAUCACCAUCACCAACGACAAGGGCCGGCUGAGCAAGGAGGAGAUCGAGCGCAUGGUGCAGGAGGCGGAGAAAUACAAAGCUGAGGAUGAGGGCCAGAGGGAGAAAAUUGCUGCCAAGAAUGCGCUCGAGUCCUAUGCCUUCAACAUGAAGAGCGCGGUGAGUGACGAGGGUCUGAAGGACAAGAUAAGCGAGUCCGAUAAGAAGAAAAUUCUGGAUAAAUGCAACGAGGUCCUUUCCUGGCUGGAGGCCAACCAACUAGCGGAGAAGGAGGAGCUCGAUCACAAGAGAAAAGAACUGGAGACCAUGUGUAACCCUAUCAUCACCAAACUGUACCAGGGAGGGUGCACCGGGCCCACCUGCGUGCCGGGGUACACGCCGGGCAGAGCCGCCACCGGCCCGACCAUCGAGGAAGUAGAUUAGCCGUUUCUGGGACUACAGGGUGCAAGGGCGCCUUCAGGUGAAGUGUAUUCAUCUCCC